GUGACGUAUCAAAGAAACUUAGGCACAUGUUAUAGUGAAUGAGUGCAUGUUUACACGUAAUAAUCGUGUACUUGCACUGAGACUCACGUUACCCCCGUUUAAUUUUCAGAACUGAAACAAUGCAAUCCAUUCACAUUUCAGCAUUCCUAGGCCUUGCCAUGGGUUUCUUCAUGGGUCUAGUGCCUUCCAUUUUAUUGGGUGGUUCGCUCAACUUUCACCGCUGCCGUGAGGAAUGCAAGUGCCCGCUGUCACAUCAACUUGGGUCUUCCCAUCAGUUUCCAUCACUGAGGAACUUUCAAGACGCAAGCAUGGAGGAGCCAGAGCCAAAGGUAGGCCAGCCCACGUCACGAUCAUCACCCAGGAAAAUCCUGCUGGACUGCGGUGCUAACGUGGCUUCCACGGUCCUGCUGUUCAGGGAGACCUACCCCGGGGGAAGAGAUUUCACCAUCCACUCGUUCGAAAUUGACGACCGGCUGUCGCCGUACUUCAGCCCGUACGACAAACAUCAUCUGCACUGCCCCGUCGGCGUAGCGGGCAAAGAUGGUAACAUGACGGCUUUUUCUGAGGUGGUUUGGGGACCGAAGAAGCCUCUGAAUCGCGGAAUUGACAUGCAGUGGGGAGGAGGUUCACUCUACGUGUCCGAGACAGAACGGAAAAACAACGUAACAGGUGGUAAACGUAAGCUGUCCUAUCGAAAGACAAUUCCCGUCGUCGAACUUUCAAAAUGGAUCAAAGACAACUUUUCAGUGGACGAUUAUGUCAUACUAAAACUGGACGUUGAGGGCGCUGAAUACGACAUCUUACGAAAGAUGAUCGACGACAAAGCAUUUGCCUACAUCGACAAAUACUACGGUGAAUACCAUGAUAGUCAACCAACAGGCUGGACCAUGGAAGGCAAAAAUAAGAUACGCGCUGAUAUCAAGGAGGCAGGCUUUACGAUGAUUGGAUGGGCGGGAGAGACCAAAACAUACGAUGAUAUCGAGCAACUAAAUCCGGUGAAGGUUUCAGCAGACACCCCUGGCAAACCUGGCGAGAUCUACUCGAGUUGCGAGAGCGGCUCAGUGGCCGUCACUGUCGCAGUCGGCAUGAACUUCAAGCGUGCACACCGAGUGGUGGCCACUCUAGCGGCCCACAAACCCCUGGUUCCCACCACGCUGUUUGUCUAUGGCGACUUCGUUCAUAUCUUCCCCGAGACGGUCAAGUCCUGGGCCCAGCACUUCAACAUCGCCAUACGGGAGGACGGCUACAAUCCCCCGGGUCACUUGGAGCUGAUGUCCGGUCACUGGGUCCGUAUGGGUCUGAUCAGUAGCAUCUUGCGUCUGGAGGAGAUUGGGAUCACGACUUCUUACUACCUGCCGUCGGUGGUGAGGGAUAUUAUUCCCACAAUCAAAACAGAAGCUGCUGCAAGGGGGCUGAGGAUUAUUAAGCCCGUCGUAGAAUUUCCUGCCAGAAAUGGUUCCAAAGCGCAACUCACCCUGGACAACUACUACAAAUACCGAGACGUAGAGCGCGUGCCCAAGGCCCUGCGGCGGAUCCACGACGCGCUCGUCAAGAACGACGGGGGCGUCCUAACCCUAGACACAGACUUGCCAGACACCUACAUGAACUCUGUCUUCAUGAUGGACUACCUGGUGGAAACCUCCGGCUUCAAGUUGGUGCCUUUGAACGAGUGCGUUGCCAAGUCACGAUAGUUGUAAAUAAUGUGGAUCAGCUGGGAUUUAAGACUCCAUUUUCAAAGGGCCGCCUGACUUUGAUUUUUCGGUACCACUGGAAUUUCCUGAUAUGGUUGCCGAACUGUCUGGACCAUAACGGAAACUUUGAAUAAAUUCAAUGUUGGGAAUCAGUCUGCAGAGGGAAAUUUCUCUGAAGUAAAAUCCACUGAUUUCUCCGUCAUUAAUUUUUAUUAUUUCUAAAGUGAAAAUGGACUGAAAAUAAUUAUGUUUAGAUAAAGUGCCAAACCAUUUUAUACAGAGCCAUAAUCUUGUGACGCAUGUCGCUAGCUAUAGAGGACUCUUUAAUUAUAAUGGUGGUAUAUAAAUAUAAUUCAUGAGGUAUAACUAUAAUUUCAUCACGAAAUAUUCUAACAAGAGCUUCUUUUAAGUCAAAAAUACUUAAAUAUAAUUUUAAAGUAAAAAAAAAUACAGAUACUAGUUUUCUUUCAUUAAAUCAUUUCCAGUCACAAGAUCGCAUAAGAACCAAAACUAAAGAUCGAGAAGCCCUCCUUUAUACGUCUUCUAGCAUGAG